CUCCAAACAGCGGCACAAGCAUUUCAGAGCAGCGCAGUCAAAAAAAACGCGUCCGCGGGGAGGGCAAAGGGGAGAAGGAGAAACUGACGGCGGCGAUGGAUCCCGACGCGGUGGCGAAGGCUUUCGUGGAGCACUACUAUACGACUUUCGAUACGAAUCGGGCGGGGCUUGCCAACCUGUAUCAGGAUACUUCGAUGCUAAGUUUCGAGGGCCAGAAAUUCCAGGGGACCCAAAGCAUUACUGCCAAAUUAACCAGUUUGCCCUUUCAGCAAUGCAAGCAUGGGAUCACCACCGUCGAUUGCCAGCCCUCGGGCCCCGCCGGUGGAAUGCUUGUUUUUGUUUCCGGUAAUCUUCAGCUCGCCGGAGAACAGCACGCUCUCAAGUUUAGCCAGAUGUUCCAUUUGAUGCCAACACCGCAGGGCAGCUUUUAUGUGUUGAAUGACAUUUUCCGGCUGAACUAUGCGUAAGAGCAUGGGAUCUAUUCGACAGAUACUUAAAAGUUAAUGUUGUCAUAGUGCUCUUGGACAGACAUUAUUCUUGUUUGAUAAAAAAACUUGUCAAAAUGUAUGCAGCAUUUUUAGGUUGGAUGUGAUUGAUGAUUUCUUCAGCAUUUCUUCAUUCCAUGAUUUAAGUCAAUGUUGUCAUUCUGCUCUUGUUGAUACAUUAUUCUUGUUUGAUCAAAGACUUGUUGAAAUGAAUACAGUGCUUUUAUGGUUGAACA